AUGGCGUAUAGAAGUAGGUUGCUAGAUCUCGGCUACCGGAUCUGGUACAUCAUGUGGCUUGUCUUCUUCGCUGCUGUGCUCUGGUGGCAGGAGUGGCGGCAGGUGGGGAGAUGGAGCUCAGGGAUCUCCUUCAAUAAGGCAGGUGCGUCGAGCCCUUCUGUUCUGGUGAUUUGGCGCAUCACCGACCAGUCGAUCCAGAGCUCUUUCGAUGUGCUUCCAAGGUGGAAGACAGAGAGGGAGUUCGUUGGUGACGGCUCAGUCAAUAAGCGCUGCUCCUGCUUGAUUUGGUUUCCCGUGGAGGUGGUGCUUCCUCUGGCCGGCCGAGGUGGCGAGGGGAGUAAGCAAAUCGAGACGGUUGUUUCCAGAUUAGGAGGAUCUUGGGGAAGUCAUGCUGCAGUUCACGGAGUUCUUCAAUGGCAACGAUCUGGCGUUGUUGUUAUCCAGGGCAAUGGGAGCCGCUCCGUGUUGUGGGCUUGGAUGCUCCACAGCUUUUCAGAUCAACCUCCAUGGCGGAGGCCCUUUGAUGAUUUCCUGCCGGCAUUCAUCUCGCUCGCUACUCCAAGUGGUUGCGUCCCCGGAGUUGCUGAGGGUGCUGGAGCUGGAGAUCGUGCUAUGGUGGUGGAGAAGAUAGACCUGAUUGCCUUUGUUAUAACCAUGGAGGGACAGUGGGGGAAUGGUAAUAUGAACACUGGGCUUGACCUCAGCAUCGGAAGCCCUGGAGAGUAUAGCCUGAUGUUGCAAGAUCUUAGUGUUGAUAUGGAUGGCCUGCUUGGACUUGGGGAGAACACCAACAUGGGCGAGAAUGGUGAUGCUAGCACAACAGCUGCUGAGCAAGACAAUAGCAAUGGCAAUGAGAGGAGAGCGGACUGGCGUAGAAGGCGUCACAACCGAGACCAAGUGCAUCAGCUCGAAAUUGUGUUCCGGGAAAACCAGCACCCUGAUGAAAAUGAGCGUGCGGAGCUUGCCAGGAGGCUUGGCAUAACUGGAAAGCAGGUCAAGUUCUGGUUCCAGAACCGACGCUCCUCCGUAAAGACUCAGGGACAAAGGAAGGAGACAAAUGAGCUUAGAGAAGAGAAUGAGUUGCUAAAAGCUGAACGCCUAGCCCUCAUGUCCGCAAUAGAGGACAGUAGGUGCCUCACAUGCAGAGGGCGGAUGGUACAAGCUGGCGGAACCGGCCGGCAGCAGCUGCUCUUGGAGAAUGCGAGGCUUAGGGAAGAAAUCCAGAAGACAAACGCCUUCAUUCAGACGGCCUCUGGGGGGACGGCGCCAGAACUGAUGACAAGCGCGAUGCCCUCUUGCAGCGCUGGCCCUGCGAAUGUCGACCACGCCGGCAAGGGCAAGGCCCCGGCGACCGACCAUGUGCUUCCUCCGGCGCCAUCUCACGGUGGUCUCACGGUUCCAGCCAAUGUGGGUGUUGCGCGCAGCCAGCGUGACAUGUUGGUUCACCUUGCCGUCGGUGCCUCGCAAGAAUUCAAGACUCUCGUGUGCAGUGGCACGCCGAUGUGGAUGCCGUCCGCUGAUGGCCAGGUCGAGUUGCUCAACUUCCAGACCUACAUCGACACCAUCUUCCCAACCAGCAUGUUCGUGCCCUACCGGGUUGGGGUUGUUGUGGAUGGAACUAGGAAGACAGGCGACGUACAGUGCAUCGCCAGUGAACUCGUCGGCGUCCUUAUGAACGCGGUCGCCUGGUCGAGGAUGUUCCCGGGGAUCGUGGCGAGCGCCAGCGCCAGCCUCGUCGUUCCUCCCGACGGUGUUUCGCGACAUCAAAUGGCUAUACUGGUGAGAGGCAACGCUCUACAUGUUUCAGCACACAUACGUUUGAUCGCCUCCGAUAUUUACCUGCUUCCGAUAUUUGAUCGCCUCGCCGGUACAUGGCGCACAUCGCAGAUGGAUGCAGAGCUGAUGCUGUUGUCGCCGCGGGUGCCGCUCCGCAAGGUCAAGUUCAUUAGACAAUGCCGGUAUGUGGCGGCUGACACCUGGGCCGUGAUCGAUGUGUCCGUUGAUGGUAUUCUCGGGCACCUCGGUGGCGUGCCACCAACAUGGACGCCCAGCAGGUUUCUCCCAAGUGGCUGCCUUAUCCAGGGGAUGAGCAAUAGGCGCUCCAAGGUAACAUGGAUCGUGAACAUGGAGCACGAAGAGACCACUGUAUCGCCGAAGUACCAUCCACUCCUCCGCUCCGGCCAGGCACUCGGUGCGUGCCGCUGGCUUGCAUCCCUCGAGAGACAGUGCCAGUACCUUGACGCAAUGCAUACCGCCAGAAACACUGCUGAUAUGAUGCCCAACGGGCAGAAAGUAAAUAUCUAUGAGGCAGCACAGCAGAUGACAAGAAGCUUUUACGAGGCGAUGUGUGGACAGUCGAGCCAGCCAAGGGCAAGCUUCGUUGACUGGAGUGGUGGCUGUGGCGUAGGCGUCGAGAGGUAUGAGGUGGUUGCGCGCGUUGUGACUUACCCUGUUGGUAACGGUGCACCCAGGGAGCAGGCUGGCGCUAUUGUGCUAAGCGCCACGGCGGCGGUAUGGCUCCCCGGCAUACCGCCGCAGCAGGUGUUCGACUACCUCUGUGAUAUAAAUCGCCGCGGAGAGUGGGACAGCCUUGCCAAUGAUGCACCCGUUCACCAGGAGGGCCGCUUUCAAACUGCAAAGCUACCUGGCAACGACGUCUAUGUCCUCCGCACCAUGACCAAUGGCAAUCUAAUACUACAAGAGACAUGUGCCGACACUACAUGCAUGGUGUUGGCGUAUGCUCAAAUGGAUGAGCAAGCCAUGCAGCAUGUCUUGAAGAAUGCUGGCCCCGCCUCCCUUUCCCUCCUGCCCUCCGGGGUGGUAAUUCUCCCCGAUGGCGUGUCUCCUGAUGUGUCCUCCUCCAGCAGUGCCACCAGUCUCAUAAGCAAUGCUGGAUCGCUUGUCUCGGUCAUGUACCAAACACUGGUGAAUGGCCAAGAACAAGAGGACACAUCAUUAGAGGCUAUCGACAACGCAGGGAACCUGCUUUGUCGUAUUAUUAAAAAUAUCAAAGAUGCUGUCCAUGCUAGCAAAGUUAUCACUGCCUAA